UUCUUUUACGGCGACGUAAAGGAGGAAGAUCCCCUCUGCCCCCCUCUGAUGGUAACCCGACCGUCGUCCGUUCACACGCUGCUGAGGGGGAUCGGCAGCCCGCUGCAGCGACGGCUGGCUGUCAGGCGCAGAGGAAUGAUAAUUAGAAAGCGAUUGAGUCGGCAGAAGGAGGAAGAGAAGAAGGAGCGAAGGAGCCUGGCCUGCAGCAGCGGAGGAAAACAUGACCUGAUCUCCAUCUGAUCCCCAACAGGAGAGGAAAACCUGGGAGUAGUAGCAGCUGUGUUGUUUUUUUUUUUUAUUUCUGGAGGAGAUGAUGAUGAUGAUGAUGAUGACGGCAGCGAAGGAGGAAUGAACUCAGAUCAAUAAUCCUCCCUCCUCCACCUUCAUCCCUCCAUCACCUCUGCAGGAGGAACUUGUGGAAGGAUGUGGAGGGAAGACCCCGAACGCGUCCUGGUAUCCAUGGAGACAAGCGGGAUCUGAGGUGGUCGGCGAGCCUCGGGGAUCCGGUCCGGCUGCAGGAUGGACCAGGCCGGCUCUUCCUUCAGGAGAUGAGUUCUGAGUUCUGCUUUUCCUGAUCUGACUUCGCUCUGAACCGUUGGACCGUCACAGCAGCGCUCCGGGUCCCGGGCCACCAUGAGGCUCCGCAGGGAAGCCGGGGAUUAGGUGGUGCUGCAAACGGUGCGCCCUCUGCAGGAUGAAAGAGGAGCUGCGGACUUUGUUUCAGCAGGUGAUCGGGUUCCCUGACUCGGGGCGGAUUGAUCCUCUGACCCGUCCAGUCCGGCUGCUGGAAGCUGAAGUUCUGGAUGGAGAUAAGUGAGCGGAUACGGAUUUACUGAGCAACAGGAACAGAACCGAACCGCUGAGGACCGAGCUGUGAGAUCUGCUCUGGUGGGACGGCUGGGCAGGGAAUGCUCCACCGCUCCACACAACGCCCCGACUGGAGCGCACAGGGCGGGCAUCCAUCUUGAUUUUUACAUCAGAACUCAAAGAGGGACAAGUCCUCUCCCCCCCACUCACCUCAGGUGGGGGGGAGGGUGAAGUACUUCCUGUCUGAAGGUGUAGGCCUCAGGGCCUCAGGGUGUAGUUUAGCUUGUAGAGUAGGCUUUCAUUCCUGGACCAAACCGGACCAGCCAGAACCGCCUCUGUAAUCUGAGGUCAUGGAUGCCAGUCAGGGUCCGGGUCCAGGGAGUCCGGAAAGCCCCAACCGGGCUGUGGAGUACCUGCUGGAGCUCAACAACAUCAUCGAGAGCCAGCAGAAGCUUCUGGAAACCCAGCGGCGCCGAAUCGAGGAGCUGGAGGUCCAACUGGACCGUCUGAGCCAGGAGAACAAAGACCUGCGUUUGGAUCGGCAACCCGUCGCUCCGCCUCCGCCCGCUCCUCCUCCUGAGCCUCCGCUCCCACCUCCUCCCCCGCCGCCGCCUUCGGCCCUCGCCACGGCAACCAAAAACCAUCACCACCACAACAGCCAGGCUCCGCCCCCACCUCCCACCUCCAUCCCACUCCACCACAGCCACCAGUCCCACCAGUCCCACCACCACCACGCCUACAACAGCACCCCCGCCGCCGUCUCGCCUCUGGCCUCUGCCAACCCAACCUCCAUCUCUAUACCGACCCAGAUCCCGGCUCCGGCCUCGCCCACCAGCCCGGCGCCACCACCGCCGCCUCCCAUCCCGCCCAGGGACCAGCCGCGGGCCCACAGCCGGCUGACCCGGGUUCCCUCCACCAGCACCGGGACCAACACCAACUUCGUGGAGAAGGAGAAGGAGCGUCUGGAACGCCUGCACCGAGCCAACGCCUCCAACAACCACCACGCCCACACCCUGCACCACCAGAAACCCGUGGAGGGCGACCCUCAGUGUCCGGAGGUCCUCACCUUCUCAGACUCGUCGUUUGGGCAUCCUCCUCCCUUCCAUCGCUAUAGCAACAGCCCCCUCUCCAGCCCCUGCGACCCUUACGGCCCCGCCUCCGGCACCGGCCCCCUGGGAGCCUCUCACUCGCAGACACAGGGCAGCUCCCCCAUUUCUCCCCCCAGCCCUGCAAGCCUCGCCUGGGCUCAGCGCAGCAGACAUCAGCCGGCCAGCCUGGCGCUCCGCAAGCAAGAGGAGGAGGAGAGCAAACGCUGCAAGGCGCUAUCUGACAGCUAUGAGCUCUCUACAGACCUCCAGGACAAGAAGGUGGAGAUGUUGGAGAGGAAGUACGGGGGCCAGUUUGUGUCCCGGCGGGCGGCGAGGACGAUCCAGGCGGCGUUCAGGCGGUACCGCAUGAACAAGAAGUUUGAGAGGCUCCGCAGCUCAGCGUCAGAGAGCAGGAUGACCCGCCGCAUCAUCCUGUCCAACAUGAGGCUGCAGUAUUCGUUUGAUGAGCGGCAACCACAGGGUCAGGGGUCGCCGGGCCAGCAGGGUUCAGAGGACGCUGGAGACGUAGACGACUCUUUCUCCAAACAGGUGAAGUCUCUGGCUGACUCCAUGGACGACUCGCUCACCUGCCAGUCCGGCCGCGAAGACUCCCAAGAUGUCGGCGGAGAAGGAGAGGAGGAGGAGGACGAGGAGGAGGGAGACGAGGACGAGGAAGAGGAGGAGGAGGAAGACGAGGAAGAGGAGGAGGAGGUAGAGUACAGGCAGUGCGGAUGGCGCAACACGAACACGGCGUCGCGGCGCGCGCCCGGCCGGCCGGAGGGAGGCCGGGGGGGCGUGGCCAUGCACGAGGACAGCACCGCCACCUCCUUCAGUGACGUCACGCUCUACAUGGACGAAGGCUGCCUCCCGUCCUCGCCGCUGUCCCGUCCCGCCUCCAGCUCCGACACGGACUACUGGGUCGGGGGCGCAGGAGGGCGGGAAGACAGCAGGGAGACGGAGGGAGGCAGCAGCACCAGCCGGAGGAGCAGCACCCCCUGCACUGAGUGCCGAGGAGAGUACCGAGGAAGAGGAGCAGGAGGAGGAGGAGGAGGAGGAGGAGGAGGAGGAGGAGGACACCUUCCUGUCCUCACCAUCGAACCGCCCAGCGACAGUUCAGUGGACAUGAGCGACAGGUCGGAGCGUGGGUCUAUCGGACGUUUGGUGUACGAGCAGGAGUCCUCCGGAGGGGAGCGAGGAGGAGAGAGAGGAGGAGAAGGUGAAAGUGGAGAGGACGAGCUCGGGGCAGGAAGCAGCGAAGCCGAAUCUCCACAAGGAACCAUCAAACACAAGCCAAACGGCCGCUCGGUCGCCAUGGCGCAAGGACAGACGCGCAGCCCCGCUAACGUCCCCCUGCCGAUGCCGUCAGCCCGGACGCUGCCACCCCACCCGCUCCAACACCCCCACCCUCCCCACCCCUCUGCCAUCCCCCAUCUUCCCACCAUCCUCCACCACCACCCGCAGUACAGCCAGCACAUCAUGCACAUGCACCACGCCCACGCCGGCGGCCCCUACAUGCAGCAUCCGCACCACUUCGCCCAGCACCACUACCACCAUCUGCACCACCAGCACCACCACCUCCCACACUCGUACCCAGAACCCCCUGCGUCUCCGUUGCCCUCUCCGGUUCCACCUCUCACACCUUUGUCCCCGCUGCCACCGCCUCUCACGCCCUCGCCGAUGUCGUCUUCCUCAGUGCUGCAGACCCUGGAGGGGCAGCAGCACCUCGCCCACCACCCACUCCUCCACCACCACCACCACCACCUCCUCUGCUCAGACGGAGACAACGAGAGCGUCAACUCCACCACCACCAACUCCAACGACGACACCACCGUCAACAACUGCAGCUCCGGCUCGUCGUCCAGGGACAGCCUGCGGGAGCCGAUCGGCGGAGCCUCGCUGGGGAAGCAGACCUACCAGAGGGAGAGCCGCCACAGCUGGGACUCCCCCGCCUUCAACAACGACGUGGUGCAGCGGCGGCAGUACCGCAUCGGCCUCAACCUCUUCAACAAGAAGCCGGAGAAGGGGAUCCAGUACCUGAUCGAGAAGGGCUUCGUGUCGGACACUCCGGUGGGCAUCGCCAGGUUCAUCCUGGAGCGGAAAGGACUGAGCAGGCAGAUGAUCGGAGAGUUCCUGGGCAGCCGGCAGCAGUUCAACAAAGACGUCCUGGACUGCGUCCUGGAUGAGAUGGACUUCUCUGGGAUGGAUCUGGACGAAGCGCUGAGGAAGUUCCAGGCGCAGAUCAAGGUUCAGGGCGAAGCUCAGCGGGUGGAGCGGCUGGUGGAGGCCUUCAGUCAGAGAUACUGCGUCUGCAACCCGGUGCUGAUCCGGCAGUUCCAGAACCCAGACACCAUCUUCAUCCUGGCCUUUGCCAUCAUCCUCCUCAACACGGACAUGUACAGCCCCAACGUGAAGCCAGAGAGGAAGAUGAAGCUGGAGGACUUCAUCAAGAACCUGAGGGGCGUGGAUAACGGGCAGGACAUCCCCAGAGACCUGCUGGUGGCCAUCUAUGGCCGCAUCCAGAAGUGGGAGCUGAGGACCAACGACGACCACGUGUCGCAGGUCCAGGCGGUGGAGCGCAUGGUGAUCGGCAAGAAACCGGUUCUGUCGCUGCCGCACCGCAGGUUGGUGUGCUGCUGCCAGCUGUUCGAGGUUCCCGAUCCAAACCGGGCCCAGAGGAGUGGCGUCCAUCAGAGAGAAGUCUUCCUGUUCAACGACCUGCUCAUGGUAACGAAGAUCUACCAGAAGAAGAAGACGUCGGUGAUGUACAGCUUCAGGCAGUCGUUUCCUCUGCUCGACAUGCAGGUCCACACCUUCCAGAACACCUAUUACCCUCAUGGCAUCCGGCUGACGUCUGCGAACCCCGGAGGAGAGAGGAAGGUGUUGAUCAUCUUCACGGCUCCGAGCCAGCAGGACCGAGCGCGCUUCACCUCCGACCUGCGAGAGAGCAUCGCCGAGGUCCAGGAGAUGGAGAAGUACCGGGUGGAGUCCGAGCUCGAGAAGCAGAAAGGCAUGAUGCGUCCCGGCAUGUUGGCGGGUUCUGGCGGGAUGGGGACGUCGGGGAGCGGGACCAGUUCGACCGGGGGGCCCACGAAGGGUGAGGUGGUGAACGGCACCCUGGGAAGGCCGAGCCUCGACGAUACGUACGCCUCCGUGGACGGACUGAAACGCACAGCGCUCAGCUCCUCGCUCAGAGAUCUCUCAGAGACGGGGAAGCGAGGUCGGAGGAACAGUGUUGGCUCAUUGGACAGUACCAUUGAAGGUUCCAUUAUUAGCAGCCCGCGGCCUCACCAGCAGCGCCCCCUGCAGGGCGCCAGUCUGUCCUACAGCCCCAUGAUGGUGCCCUCGUCCCCAGCAGCCUACCGGCCGCACCGCCCUACUCAGAGCCCCGGUACGGGGGUGGGGGGUGGGCCGGGGCUCUGUCACAACCGAGGGGGGGUCACCACAUCUCCUCUCGCGAGCGGGGGCGGGGCUGGGCCCGGGGGCGCGAUGGCGGCGGGCGGCGGCCAGAUCCCCGGAGGCCGAAUGGGGAACUUCUUCGGCAGUCGAAGAGGCAAAGUUCCUGGUCCCCUGACGAUGAUGUCACCGCCUCCUCAGGGUCCACCGAGUCCUCUGAUGAUUUCGUCCCCCCCCCACUACCCCGCCCCCGCGCCGCCCAUCGCCCUCCCAUCCUCCCCUUCCCCAUGCCCCUCCCCUUCGCCCAACCUCGGCCAGUCGGACUCGGCCGGGGCUGGAGGGGCCGGCGGCCCGGGAGGGGGGCCGUCCAAGCUCCAGGCGUUGCACGCCCAGUAUUGCCACGGCAACAGUGGAGGAGGCGGAGUCAGUGGGCACCCGCCGCAGCAGACGCCGCCGCCGCCCUACCAUCACCACCACCGCUACCACAUGCAGAGCUUGCCGCAGCACCACGCGCUGACGCACCGCUUCUCCGCGCCGCUGCGGCACAGCUGCGCCCCGCCCCACAGCCAGCCGCAUCAGAGGCUGCAGCAAGGCUCCGCCCACCCGCGCUACAACAUGGUGUCCGGCUUCACCACGCCACCACCGCUGUCCCCCCACUCUCCCGUCACGCCCACUACGCCGCACGGACACUACCACCGGCCGGGGGGCGGAGCCAAGCUGCCCCUCACCAUCUCGCACUCCCAGCCCCACCCGCACGCUCACACACACACACACAACCACACCGUGCACACACACUCCCCGCUCAGCCCCUCCCCCUCCGCAACAGGCUCCACCCACUUCAUCUUCUCCACUCCGCCGCCCCAGACGCCCUCGGCGCGCCUCGUCACCCAGACGCCGCCGCAGCCCUACGCCCCCCAGUACCCGCCGCUGUCAUCCAUCCCGCCCCCCCCUCCCCACUCCCCGCUGCCUCCCCCGUCGGGCGCCCCGCUCUCCCCGCUCCCCCCUGGGGUGGGGCAAGGGGGCGGCCCCAAAGCGAAGCCAGUCAGCCGCAUCAGCACGGUCGUGUGAAGACGCAGAAAUCGAGGACGGUGGCGCGCAACCCCACAGUGAGCCGCCAGGGGGCGAUAUUGAGAGUGAGCACAAGAGGGAGGAGGGGAAGAAGAGCGGGAGGGCAGAUCCAGUUGUAUCAAAAUGGCCGCCUGAUGAGGAGGAGAGCGGUGAGAGCGGGAAAGAGGAAGCUGCUCAGCCUGUGCUAUUUCCACAUAGACUUUCCUCGCAGGUAGAGCGCCGGAGGGAAAAACUACCGCUUAGGUCUGGUGACGCCCCACGUCCCCUUCAUACCGCCCUGCGUGGUGAGCCGGGACUCAGUCGGACAUGUUUGUAGUUCUUCACUACUUCAGAGUGUUCGUCUCAUGUUGUGAGUACCUUUUUUAACAUUUCUGUGGCUGUAGUGGACAAGCGGUUGAGGGACCAGUGAGGAAGGGAACAGUGCCUGAAAACGUAACAUGAGAGUUGACGCUCCGAGUUAAAGGGACAGUACCGUGUCCAAAAAUAACAGUAGUUUCACACCAUGUUGUUCAGCACAAAAACCAACACUUAACUUUGAUUUUGACAUAUUUACAAGCCAUUACGGGCAGAACAGAGAUGUUUAGCAUUAAUAUGGUGGCGUUUGUGUCUUAGACAGGCAUGCAUGACCUGUGCAAUAGCUAACAGUUAUCAGUGUGUUUAUGGUUAAUAUCCAAUAUGCAGGGAUAGAUUUGUUGUGAUGUGAAGCCCCAAUCCAGCGAAGUGAAGACUCUACUCAUAAACUUCCUAAAACCUUUGAAAUAAGCCAUCGAAACAAAUCUACAGGUGUCUUCGUUUUUGUUCUGCAAAAACUACUAAAAGCCUUUAGUGUUUGUGGAUUACAGGGUUCCAGCAGGGGGCGCUAUACUGUUGUUUUGGAAUGGGACUUUUCCAGAUUUUCUCACUUAUUCCUGUAAGUUUGAGUAUUUAUUUCUACUAAAUCUGUGAAUGCUCUCCUCAUUUCUCAAAUAUCCCAGUAUAUAUGAAAGUGUACGCUUGAAUUUUCAGAAAUAAUCAUAUCUGUCAUUUGUAUUUGAUGCUCCAUGAUGUGUUUGUGACCCUCAACGUUGCCAGAGAAGGAGAUUAAGAUGAAAGAUGCCAAACUGGGGGAUUUUUGUUGUUUUCUGCCAAUGAGGACGGUGGAGCUGCUCUACCUGAAAUACAAACAUGAUGUUUUUAUUUUUGAUUUUUUACAGUGCAACUUUCUGUACCUUUAGCAGCAGCAAUGUUAAUGGAACUGGGUGGGAAAAUAAAGCUAAAAAAGGAAGUUUUACAAAAAUCAGAAGCAGGGUACAGCUUCCAGAAGUUUUUGUUUGUCUGAAAUCACCAGUAGGGGGCACCGACAUGUUUUUAAUGGUCCCAUUAUGAGACGUUUCCAAGCCAGACUGGAGAAUCCUCCAUGGUUGGUGAUGGUUGGUUGGUGGGAAGCAGGAGAUUUGUUGGUUCCAGACUGAUUGGUUGACUUGGUAACAAAAGAGGCAGGCACUUCUUGUUGCUAAUUUGGCUAAUUUUAUCUUUUGCACUAAUGUUUUGCAUACUGAAUUGAGAAAGUCAGUAUUUGUUAAUAUGCUAAUGAUUACCCACAUUCUGAUGGUAGCACUUAGGCUAACAUUAGCAUUUUUGUUCACUUUAGUGUAUACAAUGCUCUUUGCACACUAAAUGCAGUAUGUUACUGUAGGUCAACAUACUGUUAUCUCCCAUGCUAAUGUUAGCAUGUUAGCUAACAGCAUUCUAGUUCUUUUUAGCUUAUACAAUGCUCUUUGCACACUGAGUGGAGAACGUUACUGUCGGUCAACAUAUGUUGAUAUCUCCCAGGCUAAUGUUAGCACAUAGGUUAACAUUAGCAUUCUAGCUUAUUUUAGUGUACAUGCUGUUCUUUGCACAUUAGAUGGUGUAUGCUAUUGUAGGUCAACAUGCUACUGAUACCCCCCAUGCUAAUGUUAGCAUUCAGGCUAACAUUACCAUUUUAGCUAACUGAAUCAUGAAAAUGUUUGUUUUUGUUUUAAA